AUGCGCGCCCUGGCCGCCGCGCCCGCUGCGCCGCGUGCCUUCCACGCCAGCGCCACGCAGUGCGCCACGCUGCGCGAGCUUGAGGGCCGCGUCAAGAGUGUCAAGAACAUCGAGAAGAUCACCAAGUCGAUGAUGAUGAUUGCCUCGACGAAGCUGGCCAAGGCGCAGCGCGCCAUGAACGCGGCCAAAGUGUACGGCGAGGCCAACAACGAGAUCUUCAAGAACUCCGAGGCCGUGUCUCCCUCGGGCGGCAAGGAGCUGUUCAUCGUCGUCUCGUCCGACAAGGGCCUGUGCGGUGGUAUCCACUCGUCGGUGGCGCGUCGCGUGCGCUCCGAGAUGGCCAAGCUCGGCGGUGAGGCUGCCGUCUCGACCGAGACGACCGAGGGCCCCAAGAUUGUCGUGCUCGGCGAGAAGACCAAGGCGCAGCUGGCCCGUGCCCUGCCCAAGAACGUCAGCCUGAGCUUCAACCAGAUCGGCAAGGACGUGCCGACCUUCGCCGACGCGAGCGCCAUUGCCGACCAGAUCGUGUCCAGCGGCCUCUCGUUCGACAAGGUCAACAUUGUGUACAACGCCUACGUCUCUGCCAUCGCCUUCGAGUCGCGCAUCAUGGAGGUCUUCUCCGAGGGCGCGCUCCGUGACGCACCCAACUUCGGCGCCUACGAGCUCGAGGAGGACACGGUCAAGGACCUGGCCGAGUUCUCGCUCGCCAACGCCAUCUACGCCGCGCUCGUCGAGGGCCACGCCGCCGAGAUCAACUCGAAGCGCAACGCCAUGGACAACGCCUCGAAGAACGCCGGCGACAUGAUCAGCAACCUGCAGAUGCAGUACAACCGCGGUCGCCAGGCCACCAUUACUAACGAGCUCGUCGACAUUAUCACCGGUGCCUCGGCGCUCUAA